GCGCACUACGCCGGUGCCCGGUGCGAGGGCGUCACCGGAAGUGUCCCGCGGCGCCCCGGAUGCGACCGGGCAACAGCGGUUGCUAGGGCGACGGGAGCUUUCCGGAGCUGCUGGUACUCCCGAUUGGAGACGUAGAACCGUUACUUGUCGAGGGCCUUAGCGGCCGCCGUGACCCUCUCGGGGAUCCCACGAUGUUCUUCUACCUGAGCAAGAAAAUUUCCAUUCCCAAUAACGUGAAGCUGCAGUGUGUAUCCUGGAACAAGGAACAAGGGUUCAUAGCAUGCGGUGGUGAAGAUGGAUUACUGAAAGUUUUGAAAUUAGAGACGCAGACAGAUGAUGCAAAAUUGAGGGGCCUUGCAGCCCCCAGUAACCUUUCUAUGAAUCAGACUCUUGAAGGUCAUAGUGGUUCUGUUCAAGUUGUAACAUGGAAUGAGCAGUAUCAGAAGUUGACUACCAGUGAUGAAAAUGGGCUUAUCAUUGUGUGGAUGUUAUAUAAAGGCUCUUGGAUUGAGGAGAUGAUCAACAAUAGAAAUAAAUCAGUUGUUCGCAGUAUGAGCUGGAAUGCUGACGGACAGAAGAUCUGCAUUGUAUAUGAAGAUGGGGCUGUGAUAGUUGGUUCAGUGGAUGGCAAUCGUAUUUGGGGAAAAGACCUGAAGGGUAUACAGCUAUCCCAUGUAACAUGGUCUGCGGACAGUAAAGUCUUACUUUUUGGAAUGGCAAAUGGGGAAAUACACAUUUAUGAUAAUCAAGGAAAUUUUAUGAUAAAAAUGAAACUGAGUUGUUUGGUGAAUGUCACUGGAGCUAUCAGCAUUGCUGGAAUUCAUUGGUACCAUGGCACAGAAGGCUACGUGGAGCCUGAUUGCCCUUGCCUUGCUGUUUGCUUUGAUAAUGGAAGAUGCCAAAUAAUGAGACAUGAGAAUGACCAAAAUCCCGUUUUGAUUGACACUGGCAUGUACGUAGUAGGCAUCCAGUGGAACCACAUGGGCAGCGUGUUAGCUGUGGCGGGCUUCCAGAAGGCAGCCAUGCAGGACAAAGAUGUGAACAUUGUGCAGUUUUACACUCCGUUUGGUGAGCAUCUGGGUACUUUGAAAGUUCCUGGAAAGGAAAUAUCUGCACUAUCUUGGGAAGGAGGUGGACUGAAAAUUGCACUAGCUGUUGAUUCCUUUAUAUAUUUUGCAAACAUUCGACCUAAUUAUAAGUGGGGUUAUUGCUCAAAUACUGUAGUUUAUGCAUAUACCAGACCUGAUCGUCCAGAGUAUUGUGUUGUCUUCUGGGAUACGAAAAACAAUGAAAAAUAUGUUAAAUAUGUGAAGGGUCUCAUUUCUAUUACUACCUGUGGAGAUUUCUGCAUUUUGGCUACAAAAGCUGAUGAAAAUCAUCCUCAGUUUGUACUAGUUCUUUGUAAUUCUAUUGGUACACCCUUGGAUCCCAAAUACAUUGAUAUUGUACCAUUGUUUGUUGCAAUGACCAAAACCCAUGUGAUAGCAGCCUCGAAAGAAGCAUUUUAUACCUGGCAAUAUCGUGUGGCAAAGAAGCUCACAGCAUUGGAAAUUAAUCAGAUCACACGGUCUCGAAAAGAAGGGAGAGAAAGAAUUUAUCAUGUUGAUGAUACCCCUUCUGGAUCAAUGGAUGGUGCGCUUGAUUAUAGUAAAACCAUUCAAGGCACAAGGGAUCCAAUUUGUGCCAUAACUGCAUCAGAUAAGAUAUUGAUUGUGGGUCGUGAAUCUGGCACCAUUCAGAGAUACAGUCUACCUAAUGUUGGUUUGAUUCAAAAAUAUUCCCUUAAUUGUCGAGCCUACCAGUUAUCCUUGAAUUGCAACUCUAGCCGUCUUGCUAUCAUAGACAUCUCAGGAGUUCUGACUUUCUUUGACUUGGAUGCUCGAGUAACAGACAGUACGGGACAGCAAGUAGUUGGAGAGUUGUUAAAAUUGGAACGAAGAGAUGUCUGGGAUAUGAAGUGGGCCAAAGAUAAUCCUGAUUUGUUUGCAAUGAUGGAGAAGACAAGAAUGUAUGUUUUCAGAAACUUGGAUCCUGAGGAACCCAUUCAGACCUCUGGAUAUAUUUGUAAUUUUGAGGAUUUAGAAAUUAAAUCUGUUCUUUUGGAUGAGAUAUUAAAGGAUCCAGAACAUCCAAACAAGGAUUACCUAAUUAACUUUGAGAUUCGGUCUCUGCGAGAUAGCCGAGCACUGAUUGAGAAGGUUGGAAUUAAAGAUGCAUCUCAGUUCAUAGAGGACAAUCCACACCCCCGACUUUGGCGCCUACUGGCUGAAGCAGCUCUUCAGAAACUGGAUCUAUACACUGCAGAGCAAGCAUUUGUGCGCUGCAAAGAUUACCAAGGCAUUAAGUUUGUGAAGCGCUUGGGCAAACUACUGAGUGAGUCAAUGAAACAGGCUGAAGUUGUUGGCUACUUCGGCAGGUUUGAAGAGGCUGAAAGAACGUAUCUCGAGAUGGACAGAAGGGAUCUUGCUAUUGGCCUCCGGCUGAAAUUGGGGGAUUGGUUUAGAGUACUCCAGCUCCUGAAAACUGGAUCUGGUGAUGCAGAUGACAGUCUCCUGGAACAAGCCAACAAUGCCAUUGGAGACUACUUUGCUGAUCGACAAAAGUGGUUGAAUGCUGUACAAUAUUAUGUACAAGGACGGAACCAGGAACGCUUAGCUGAAUGUUACUAUAUGUUAGAGGAUUAUGAGGGGUUAGAGAACCUUGCCAUUUCACUUCCAGAAAACCACAAGUUACUUCCAGAAAUAGCACAAAUGUUUGUCAGAGUUGGAAUGUGUGAACAAGCAGUGACUGCAUUUUUGAAAUGUAGUCAACCAAAGGCAGCGGUAGAUACCUGCGUACAUCUCAACCAAUGGAACAAAGCUGUUGAAUUGGCUAAAAAUCAUAGUAUGAAAGAAAUUGGAUCUCUGUUAGCUAGGUAUGCAUCUCAUUUACUGGAAAAGAAUAAAACUCUUGAUGCCAUAGAACUCUAUCGGAAAGCCAAUUACUUUUUUGAUGCUGCUAAACUGAUGUUUAAGAUUGCAGAUGAAGAGGCAAAGAAAGGAAGUAAACCUUUACGUGUCAAGAAGCUCUAUGUACUGUCAGCCUUACUUAUAGAGCAAUACCAUGAACAGAUGAAGAAUGCCCAGCGAGGAAAAGUUAAAGGAAAAAGUUCAGAGGCCACUUCUGCCUUGGCUGGUUUGCUGGAAGAAGAAGUUCUGUCUACAACAGAUCGUUUCACAGAUAAUGCAUGGAGAGGGGCAGAGGCUUACCACUUCUUUAUACUUGCACAGAGGCAGCUCUAUGAGGGAUAUGUGGACACUGCACUGAAGACAGCUCUUCACCUGAAAGACUAUGAAGACAUCAUCCCUCCUGUGGAGAUCUACUCUCUGCUAGCACUCUGCGCAUGCGCCAGCAGAGCCUUUGGGACUUGUUCAAAAGCUUUCAUUAAACUUAAAUCUUUAGAGACCCUCAGUUCAGAACAGAAACAGCAGUAUGAAGACCUUGCUUUAGAAAUCUUCACCAAACAUACUUCAAAAGAUAACAGAAAACCUGAAUUGGACAGCCUUAUGGAAGGUGGAGAAGGGAAACUGCCAACAUGUGUUGCCACAGGAAGCCCAAUCACUGAGUAUCAAUUCUGGAUGUGCAGUGUAUGCAAGCACGGUGUCCUUGCUCAGGAAAUAAGCCACUACAGCUUCUGCCCCUUAUGCCAUAGUCCAGUGGGAUAAAGGAAUGAUAAACUGUAUAUAACUGUAAAAUAUAUGUAGCAUAUAUACAUGGCUGUAUGCUGUAUAUGUAAUAAGGUUUAUUUCUGUUGAGUUUUGUAUGAAAAUCAGCCUCAUUAUUUAUAGUUGAAUUUUUGCACAAAAUAUAUGUUAAUAAAAUAAUUUUUAUGGCAAUACAACUGUGAAAUAAUAAGGCCGAUUUUCAUAUAAACGUAUGAAAAUCAACCAUAUUUUCUCUCACCCUCUCUCUUUUGUUUAUCUUGUAUUUGGUUACAUGAUACCAUGGAAAUAUUCCAAAUAAAUAUUUUUCUCACAGUGUCAA